CGGGCGCGGGUAGCGGGGCUCUGGUCCCACUCCUGCUCCACGAACUGGCCGCAUCCAGCCCUGAGCUGGCGGCGGGCGCGGGAAGGUACGAAGGGCGGCAGGCCCCUGUCCGGCCCAGGUCCCCGCUGCUGCUCCCUGCGAUCCAGCCAGGCCUUCCCGGGGGUCGUCGGGACCUGGGACCACCCCCUCGGGCGGACUGACAUCUUCACCCAGGGGCGCGAUGGGGCCGCGCCUGCACCCCUGGCAUCCGAUUUCACACCGUCUUUGAGAGCUUUCAGGUUUUCGUCCCCGUUUCUCUCCCCGAGUGCCCUCUUUUCACACAGCUCCUUAUCCAUGGGCCCUGGGAGCGCGGCUUCAUUCAGGAGGGUUUGGGGAGAAGCCACCAGCCCGGGGUGGAGUGGAGUUUUCAUCUGGAAGGGCCCACGGAGGGAAACCCGGAGGAUCAGGUCGACUCCCCGGGAGACGUGGUGGAAGGUUGGGGUCAGUCGGCGGAGGGCUGCCCAGCUGUGAGGCAGGAGGGGGUAACGGAGGGUGACAGCCAAAAGCCACACGGUUCCUGGCUGCCCUCCAGCGACGGUCAGGUGCCUGGCAAGGGAAAGAGAAGCUGCCUAGGAAUGAGUCCCCAGGAGCAUUUCUUGAGCACUUGCUCUGUCCCAGGCACACUGCUGUCCGCUCUCCAGACGAUGGGCUGCGCCGCAGGAAAUUUUGUGAAAUAGAUGCUAUGAUUAUUCUCAUGUGACGGACAGAAGCCCUGGGUGUCAGGGUCACGCGCCUUGCAGCUGUAGGUGGCUCCCUGCCCCACAAUUACACAAAGAAACCAGUUGCAAUCUGAGACUUCAGGCCCCGCAUAAGGUGUACACUGCUGGAAGGGGCGAUGGCGGUGGCCCUGGGGUGUGCCAUCCAGGCCUCCUUGAAUCAGGGCUCGGUGUUUCAAGAGUAUGAUACUGACUGUGAAGUCUUCCGCCAGCGCUUCCGGCAGUUCCAGUACAAAGAAGCAGCUGGGCCCCACGAAGCUUUCAACAAACUCUGGGAGCUCUGCUGUCAGUGGCUGAAGCCAAAGAUGCGUUCGAAGGAGCAAAUCCUGGAGCUGCUAGUGUUGGAGCAAUUCCUAACCAUUCUGCCCACGGAGAUAGAGACCUGGGUGAGGGAGCACUGCCCAGAGAAUAGAGAAAGAGUUGUGUCCCUCAUAGAAGACUUACAGAGAGAACUUGAGAUACCAGAGCAGCAGAUCGACAGGCAGGAAAUGCUGUUGGAAGAACUGGCACCAGUGGGGACGGCACACAUGCCACCAGACAUCCACCUGGAGUCACCUCCCCUACAAGUCAUGGGACCUGGCCCCGAGGCCCCAGUGGCAGAGGCGUGGAUGCCACAGGCAGGGCCACAGGAGCUGGGCUUCGGUGCUGCUGGGGCGUGCCAGCCCUUUCUGGACCCUGGAUAUCCACUACCAAAACUUGACGUGAGCUUUCCAUUGGAGCAUAGAGAAGAGGCAUGGGUGAAGGAACUACAAGAUUCCAAAGAAAUUAAACAAUUACUUGACUCCAAGAUAGGUUUUGAGAUUGGGAUAGAAAAUGAAGAAGAUCCUUCAAAACAGAAAAAAAUGGAGAAUAUGUAUCCAUUUAUUGUUACUUUAGAGGGGAAUGCUCUCCAUGGUCCCAUUUUGCAAAAAGACUAUGUACAGUUAGAAAAUCAGUGGGAAACCCCCCCAGAGGAUUUACAGACAGAGUUAACAAAACUUGUAGAUCAUCAGAACCCCUCUGCAGGAGAGAAACCUGAGAGCUCCAACUUGGAAGAACCUCUCAACCCUAGACCCCAUAAGAAAAAGAAUCCAGGAGACAAACCUCACCGAUGUUCUCAGUGUGGAAAAUGUUUUGCUCGAAAGUCACAACUUACAGGACACCAGAGAAUUCAUUCAGGAGAAGAACCUCACAAAUGCCCUGAAUGCGGAAAAAGAUUCCUUCGUAGUUCGGACCUUUAUAGACACCAACGACUUCAUACAGGGGAAAGACCCUAUGAAUGCACUGUGUGUAAAAAGCGAUUCACCCGGCGGUCACACCUUAUAGGGCACCAGAGAACCCAUUCUGAAGAAGAAACAUAUAAAUGCCUUGAGUGUGGGAAAAGCUUUUGUCAUGGAUCAAGUCUUAAAAGACAUCUUAAAACUCAUUCAGGGGAAAAACCUCAUAGAUGUCAUAAUUGUGGGAAAAGUUUCAGUAGACUGACAGCUCUUACUUUGCACCAGAGAACUCACACUGAAGAAAGACCUUUUAAAUGUAAUUAUUGUGGGAAAAGCUUUAGACAGAGACCAAGCCUUGUUAUACAUUUAAGAAUUCAUACGGGGGAGAAGCCGUACAAGUGUAGUCAUUGUUCUAAAAGCUUCAGACAGAGAGCAGGCCUUAUUAUGCACCAAGUCACUCACUUUAGAGGACUUCUUUAAGAAUUGUUAAAGAAAACAGAUCCUACAGAAAUUGACACUAACUCAAAAAAAAAAUCUUAACCUGCAGCAGCCUGUUUAUCUUGGAAGAAUCUUUUUGUUUGAGCUUAUAAGAACAGCUUUUUUUUUUUUUUUACCAUUUUAAAAACCCAUCUUCCAAGGCAUAUGAAUUCUAGAGUAUCCACCUACUCUUGCAGUUUUCCUAGAUUUGAUUUGUUCUGUCUCUACAACUCUUAUUUUUUUAUUACAAUGAGAAUUUUUGGUCCCAAGCCAAUUGUAUCAUAGAUGCAAGCAUAAAGCGUACAAAUGAUGACAAUCCUUUUCAGGGUAGGGUCAGUAUAAUGGAUAAUUAUGCCUAUCUGACAUAUCUUUUAUAACAGCACCAUAAUUACUCUACUGUCAUUAUUCAAGGUGAUUAUAUUUGUUCAAAGCUUUAUAUGUGUCCCAAGUGGCAAGAAAGGAGGCAGUAUAUUUUGUCAAAUAAUAAAAAUGUGUCAGGAACACAUGGAUGAAGAGGAUUUCAUUUGCCUGGUAAGAACUGGGUUAUUUCCGCUGAGAUUUUUUUAUGUUUAAGGAAAUGAAGAUUUUAACUUUUACUUUUGACUUUUGCAAAGUUUGCCAGUCUGCGUAGUUGGCAGUCUGAGGUGAUGCUGUUUAGUUGAUGAUUUAGUUUGUUCACAGAAUAAGUAAGCUGGAUGUGGAAGAAUUCAUUUGACAGUUGAAGUCAUACAAGCAGAAUCUCAUUUAACUUAGAUUGGCUGGGGAACCAGUGUCCAUUGCUUUUGACUCUCCUUUGCUAUUCAACCACGUGUCUCUGAGUGCUUUUUAAACUUCACCCAUUCUUUAAUUCAGUGUCUCCCUAAAUGUGUGUCAUAGAGCACUUAGUUCUGCAAGAUAUUCUGCAAAUAAGUUUGGGAAUCCCUUCCUGCUGUUUCUCCUUUCUAGACUCGCAGUGCACAUCAGCACAUGAGACUGUCUGAGAGGUCCUCCAGGAAAGGUGGGAAAAGCACCUCUUUUGGCUCAAUGUUGCAAGCCUAUUUGACUCCAGAACUUUUUUCAUGCACGCCUAGUAAUAACCGACAGAACUAAGUAUUCUGCAAAUACUGCUUGGCAUACCUUGCCUUUAACAAAUAUUUCUAUAGCUAUCAGUAUAGUCUUGUUGCUCCCAAGCCUAGUUAUCUUCAGUUGUUUCAAGGGUGUUAUGAAAAACUUUUUAUACAUAUAUGUUUUUUAUGUAAUAUAUACACACACAUUCACAUAUGCAUACACACAUAUUAUUUUAAGGAGGUGAGGGUCACUAAUUCAGAUAAUUUAUAAGUUGCUCAGUGAUUCUCAGCCUCUUUGAAUUUUGCUUAUAAUCACACACACACACAUUGCUACUUAUAUAAAUGUUUUCAUAUAAUCAUGGUAAUGACUCAAAUUCCUAUAGCAAGGGAAGAACUCUCUUUGUCAGUUAAAGCUGUUAAUACAUGAAAAUAUUCAUUCAGCCUAGUUCCUUGUUAUAAAAUACAAUAGGAUAUUCAAGUAUUUUCUCUUUAUGAAGAUACCAGUCAUCCUUUCCUUAAACUAGAACUAGGGAAAGUAUAUGUUUUCUAUUCCAUUGAAAUUCUUGGAAUUGAUAUUUAAUAUAAGUGUUUUGGGGGUAUCUACCAUGUGCCUAACUAGUCCUGUUCUAGGCCUAAUGGAAACUACUAAAGAAAUUAAUCCGUGGGUCAGGUUCAUAAAGAGUUUAUAAUAUCUUUAGUUAAACAAGAGUUGGGAAACAAAUGGAGAACAAUGCAAGAGAGUUUGUGAUUAAGUGCCAAAUGAUAUCAAGUGCUAGGGCCAGGAUGUGUCUUUAAUUCUUGUCAUACAGGUCACUGUAUGAUGCUGCUAUAAGUGUGGGGUUAAAACUGAGAUCCCUGUAGCAAUAAACAUGUAACGCGGGAGGAGUCUGAAUGUAGAGAUGAAAAAUACGGAAUGUAAUGGCUUCUCUUUUCUCUCUUGUGGAACUGCAUUAAAACCAGAACAGUGCCUUAGAAUGGAUGUGCCCAACUGCUCUGUAUCUAUGCAAUAUUUUAAUAAAGUGAAAACGUAUAUGCUC